ACAUUUUAAAUUAAAACAUUCUUAUGGUACACUUAUAUGUAACAGAUGUCGAAGUGAUUUAGGUCCGUUUAUCAAUAAUGAAAAACAAGAAUUGCAUGAAGCACGGUUUAAAUGGAUAUUAGAUAUAGAGAUGAGUGACGAAUCAGAUAAUGAAAAUUCUGAUGCUGGUUCAAAUUUUAUUCUAUCACAAAGUUCUACUGGAAGCGACCAGCCUGAUAUUAAAAAACAACAACGUAUGGCAUUAAACAAAUUUCUUGAACUUUGUAAUAUCAGAAAACAAGUUCGAGUUACAAAAUCUUACAUUAAUCUAACUGAACAAUCAAAACGAAAUUUUUUAUCAACAACAAGAAUAAUAACUAAAUUAAUAGUAGGAUUUGUAGCUCUCAAUGAUACCAAUAUUGUUAUUAAUGAAUUGCUUAAUAUUGAUGAUAAUAAACGCAACAUCAUAUUACAUGAUAAAUUUUUAUCCGUUAUGACUGGUAUUGCUGAAACAUAUAAUAAUGCAACAGAGUGGUCUACACGUCGACAAAUAUUAUCAAUCGUAAUAUAUCGCAAAAUAGUAUCAAUCGUCAAUUUGGAUUGGGCGAUGAAAAAACAAAAUAUCGAAGAAAGCAAAGAGGAAGAAAAUGAACUUGAUGAUCAAAGUAAUAAUGAAUCAAACGUUUCGCAUCAAUUUGAAAAUACGAUUUUUGUACAUGUGUUCGAUCAUUGUACACAAGAUAGCGAAACAGUUACUGCAAUUAUACAAGAUAUAUUGAAAAGAACUAAAUCAAAUGAUCCGCAAAUCAAAGAAGGCUAUAUCAGAUCGGACAAUGCUGGUUGCUACCACUACGCUCAGACACUAAUAUCAUUAUCACAGAUAUCAAAAGCAACAGGCAUUACAAUAAAACGGAUAAAUUUUUCGGAUCCACCAGGAGGAAAAGGUGCGUGUGAUCGUUUUGCUGCGGUCAUUAAAUCUCAUAUCAGAAGAUAUUUGAACGAAAAAUAUAAUAUAACAAAUGCUGAAGAAUUUGUUUAUGCAUGUCGUUCAUUUGGUGGGGCUCCAAUAAUUAGGCCAACUGAUUGUGUUAAAGAACCCACUAGUAUUCAAUGGUCACAUACAACACGAACAACCACACAACCAAAAUCUGAUAAAUCAACAGAACAAAAGGAUGAAGAUACAGUCAAAGACGCUGAUGACCCACAUACGGCUUUAUAUGACUGUAUUGAAGAGGGAUGUGUACAAAAGUUCUUGAAAUACGGUAAUUUUGUUCGUCAUCUAUUGGCCGAAAAACACCAUCGUGUAAUAGAAAAAUAUAGUUUAGCUGAUACAGCCAUGAAAACAUAUCAGUCAAAAUUACAAAAAGUUGAUGAUCGUCAAAUGGUUUCCAUUCUUUCGAAAAUGUCUACAUUCGACAAAAGUCAAUAUCAACAUAUACCUAAAUUGGAUCAAGGUUGGGCAUUGCCAAAACCACAAAUAACUACAAAAUUUACUGAUAAACAGAAACAAUGUCUCACAAAUAAAUUCAAUGAUGAUACUAAACCAAGUGAACCUGAAAGUGAUACUGAUGAUGAGGAAGAAGCGUAUAAAGAUGACAUGACCGAUCAAGAAAAUUUGCGAAAAGAUGUGGUUAAAGAAAUAUUAAAAACAAAACCAACACGUCCAUUAUCAGAAGCGGAUCAAACAGAAUCAUCCCAAAAACACAGAAAAAAUAAAUAA